UGUGACUUCUGGUUCAACCCUUUGCCUAAGAGCUGCGGGCGCAAAAGCGUAGCGACUUCGGAGUGAGAGGAUGGCGCUUCGCUUUUGGCUGGCGGGGGUCGCCCUCCUGCUCCUUGGGGAGCCAGGCCGGGGCCUCCCCUCCGGUACUAAAGGAUCCCCGGCGCUUGGCUCCUCCUCCCACUCCGUGCACUAUUUCUCCACUGCUAUGUCUGAACCCAAUCAGGGGCUUCCCAGGUACAUCGCAGUGGGAUACGUGGACAGCCAGCUCUUCAACCAUUAUGACAGCAUCACCCGGAGGGUGCAGCCUCGAGCGCCCUGGAUGGAGAAGAUGAUGGAGGAAGAGGAUCCAGAAUAUUGGGAGAGGAACACCCAGAUAGAACAGGCCAACGAGCAGUGGUUCAGAGAGGGCGUGGCCAUCCUGAAGCAUCGCUACAACCACAGCGGAGGGUUUCAUACCUGGCAGUGGAUGUACGGCUGUGAGCUGAGGGCAGACGGGAGCAAAAGAGGGCACACGCAGUAUGGCUACGACGGGAAGGACUACCUCGCCCUCGACAAGGAGACCCUCACCUGGACGGCUGCUGAUUCCAAGGCCCAGAUCACCAAAGAGAAGUGGGAGAAGGUUCCGGCCUUUGCCCAGAGAGACAAGGCCUACCUGGAGGGGGAAUGCCUUGAUGAGCUACAGAGAUUCCUGGAGUACGGGAAGGAGAGGCUGCUGAGGAGAGAGCCCCCAGUAGGGAAGGUGACUCGCAUGUUCCUCUCCGAAGGGAGGGAGGUGCUGGUCUGCCAGACUCACGGCUUCUACCCCAAGGAGAUCGAAGCCACCUGGAGGAAGGGCGGGGAGAUCAUGGAGCAGGACACCUUCCGGAGGAGCGUCGCUCCCAACUCCGAUGGGACCUACCACGCCUGGCUCAGCAUCGAGAUCAACCCCGGAGACAGAGACCUCUACCGAUGCCACAUCGAUCACGCUGGCCUGACGGAGCCUCUGGUCUUGGCCUGGGAAGCGCCUGGUGGCUCCUCCUCGCACUCCCUGCACUAUGUCUACACUGCUAUGUCUGAGCCCAACCAGGGGCUGCCCCAGUUCAUCUCGGUGGCGUAUGUGGACGGACAGCUCUUCAGCCACUAUGACAGCGUCACGAGAAGGAGACAGCCUCGGGCGGCCUGGAUCAAGAAAGUGGAGGAGGACAUCCCCCAGUAUUGGGCCACCCACAGCCAGAGAGCCCGAAACCAUGAGCACGUGUUCAGAGGCAACUUGGAGGUCGCAAGAAACCACUACAACCACAGCAGAGGGGUUCACUCCAUGCAGGUGAUGAUAACCUGUGAGCUGAGGAAGGAUGGGAGCAAAAGAAGUCAAUACCUUUUUGCCUACGAUGGGAGGGACUACAUCAGCCUGGACACAGAGACCCUCACCUGGACGGCCGCCGAUCCCCCGGCCCAGAUCACCAAGAGGAGGUGGGAGAAGGAUCCGGCCCUUGCCCAGAGGUGGAAAGCCUACCUGGAGGGGGAAUGCAUCGAGUGGUUGCAGAGAUACCUGGAGUACGGGAAGGAGACGCUGCUGAGGACAGAGCCCCCAGUAGGGAAGGUGACCCGCAUGUUCCUCUCAGAAGGGAGGGAGUUGCUGGUCUGCCAGGCCCAUGGCUUCUACCCCAAGGAGAUCGAAGCCACCUGGAGGAAGGGCGGGGAGAUCAUGGAGCAGGACACCUUCCGGAGGAGCGUCGCUCCCAACGCCGAUGGGACCUACCACACUUGGCUCAGCAUCGAGAUAAAUCCUGAAGACAGAGACCUCUACCGAUGCCACAUCGAUCACGCUGGCCUGGCUGAGCCUCUGGUCUUGGCCUGGGAAGUGCCUGGUGAUAAUGUGAGACACAUCGUGGGAAUCGUCUUUGGGGUCCUGGCUGCUCUCCUCCUGAUGGCUGCUGGGGUUGUCUUCUUUCGCAGCAAGUAAACCCUGAAAACACUCAUUGGUGUGGGAGAUGCCCAUGAAAACUUUGUUCUUAUAUCCAAAGGUCAAGGAUAUGGAUAUUAUUGCUUCUGUAAGAUCAAUGUGGUCAUAUGAUGCCAUCUUUUAUUUGUUCACCUUGAAAAGGGCAUCCAAAGUGUAAUUUUCCAUCCUGAACUCAUCAUCCCAGUCUUCUUAUGUUUUAGAAGCCAUUUCUGGGGCUUAAAUAACUCUCUGAGGAUGUUGCAGUGAAAUCCAGGUCCCCAAAUCUGAACUCUCCUUGAAUGGAAGGCAGCUGAGCUUCAUCAAGUCCAGCCAGAUUUUCGCCUACACAGAAACAUAUUUUGGGGGGGAUGGGAUUCUAAUAGUUCAUGGAUUUCAGCCUCCAUAAAUAUAUUCGCCCUAAUUUAAAGGGGCUUUUCUUUCCAUUGAGGAGACCAUUACCUUUGAUGGUCGAGCCUGUCAUUUCCCCUCCCGUGAUUCCGUGCCAACCCUAACUGGAGCUGUCAAAACCCUGAAUGUGGGUCACAGCUUUCUGUUUGAGGAUCCGGUUAUGUCGAUUUUUUUCACAGUGGCAGUACCAGGACAAAUGGAAAGUGUUCCCCCGCCCCAUCUCAGUUUUCUACAAGAUAAAGAACAGUCUGCCUCCUAUUAAGGCUACAGCUCUAAAUUUGCAUUCAGAGGCUUUAAGGUCUGUCCUGAUCUCUGGAUCCUUCCAAGAACUGAGAUUAGGAAACUCUCAAGAAAACAGCCUUGGCUGUCACUCCACAUUGUUGGCUCAGCCUUCGUAACUUAGUCCCAAACCGCGAAGGGUUUUGUAGGUGAGCAUCUGCACCUUGAACCUGAUCCAGGGAUGCAACAGGGAGCCAGGAGAGGUGGGCCAAGGCUUGCUCGCACUCACCACCCCUCUGGCCCCUCCUGGAAACGAGCCAAAAUAAAACUGAUACAAAGGUC